CUUCACCUAAUGACUGAAGUGAUAGCUCAUAUUCCAAAAUCAUUUGCAAACAACUUUUGGGGAAAAGAUGACGCGGGUUAUGCUGUACUCUCUUCCAAAAUGGCCAAUUCUAAAAAGACAUUUGAAGACUUGAAGUCAUUUUAUACUGCAAGAUCUUCCCUUCAUGAAGAAUUUGGAAAAAAGUUAUUGAAACAAUUGAAAAAUGAUCUUGGUCGUGAUGAAACUGGAACAUUAGGUAUUCUUUUAGCUUCUGCUUAUAGAGAACUCGAAAUGACAGCACAAUCAAAUAUAGAAUUGGCUCAGAAAAUCAAGGUCAACUUGGAAUUACGACUAGAUAACUUUAUUUUAGAACAAAAAGAUAAACGUAAAUUGGUACAAACAACUGUGGAUAAGGCUCAUAGAAACAAACAACUUCAUGCAGCACAUGUAGCAAAGGCAAAAGAAAAAUAUGAAACAGAAUGUGCCAAACAGAUAUCUUAUGAAGCUCAACUUUCUACAGCUGGAUUACGAGAAGCCGACAGAUUAAGACAAAAACUCGAAAGGUGUACUCAUGAUAUUGGAAUUUUUGAACAAGAAUACAAAAGUGCAUGCCAUAAAUUAGCAGAUGCGACAUCUAUUUGGGAUACAGAAUGGAAAAACGCCUGCGAUAAAUAUCAAGAAAUGGAAGAAAAACGCGUAGAAUUCAUGCAUCAUAGUUUUAGUGUUUAUGUCAAUAUUUUAUCUACUACUACCAACCAUGAUCAAGAGUCCUAUGAACGAUUUUGGCAAGCAUUAGAUCAAUGUGACCCCAAAAAAGAUAUUGAAACAUUCAUUGAUGAAAAGGGAACUGGCCCAAUGAUACCAGGACCCCCUGUAUAUGUACAUUAUAUGGAUGAUCCAGCAAAAACUUUACCUACUUAUCACAUUGCUCAAUUUUCUGAUUCUGACAAAUCAUCCUCACCUACUGAUACAUCCAAAUCUGGAGAUCACCCAAAUGAAAUAAGUGCGAAAACACCAAAAAUGGAUCCAAAGCAACGGCAGCCAUCUACUACCAUGGAGAAUUCUUCCGAAUCAAACAGUCAUCGUGAAUUCAAUGACGCCAUUCCAGUCAAAAAGGCAACGGCGACAAGAUCUAGUAGUGUCCAACAUGUAUCAUCACCUCAACAACGUAUAGCAAAGCAACUACCGGCCAUUGAUAGAAAACCAAGUAUGAUUACCUCUCAACAAGUGAGAAGAAAACCAACAUAUAUACGAAACAGCAAUGAUGAUCAUCGAAGAUCUGCGUCAACAACAUCGUCUCGGACACCAUCAGUGCAAAAUGAUCAUUCUUCUUUGAAUAUUACAGAUAGUAGUGAGGAAGAGGAAAUCAGCGAUGAUGUAGAAAUUGAUCCUCGAGCCAAAGUGGUGUUUGCUAUUGGAAACAAUAUAUUUGAAGUGGAUCAUAGACAACAGCAUGAACAAUACAAUCAACAACAUGAUCAGCACAGGCAUUAUCAAUCUUCACGAGGGGAAAAGAAGGAACCCACUACGACUAGAAUCUCCAAGAAUGGUAAUGAUGGGCAACUAGAUGACUCAUUUGAUCUAUCGAUAAAGGAACUUUUGGAGGAACUUGGAGUCUAUUCUGGGAACAACAAUGAGCAGCAACUUGAUCGUACUGAUCGUACGGGGUUUGUAUCAUCAGUAAACAGCGAUAUGGACAAAAGGGCAGGGGAAGGCUCAACAAAAGACAAUCACUCCUAUCCCCAACAACACCAACAACCAUCCAUGUAUACACAGUUACAACAGAACUACAGCUCCAUUGGAUCUACACAAGGGACACGAGCACCAUCAUCCUAUUAUUCAUCCAAUGGAACAAGUCCACCUCCAAAACAAGACGGUAUUCAAUGGGCACGGGCUUUGUAUGAUUAUCAAUCAACGGAUGGUUGUUUGACAUUCUUACGCGGAAAUUGGUUAGCGAUUGUACGUAUAGAAAGUGAUUCUUGGUGUUUGGCUUAUUUAUGGGAUGAAACUACUGAAUCUUUAUCAACAACUUGUGGUUAUGUAGCUAGUCAUUUGAUUCAAUUUGUUCAAUAAAAUCACUUUCUUUUUCAUAUA